CAAAAUAAAUAAAAAAAAGAAAACCGUCUAGCGGUGGUUGAUCUCGCGGCGGUUACACAGCGCGUAUAAAUUAACGUUAACUCAACCGCCCCCUUUGCUCAACGGAUUUUUUACAACGGCCGUUUCUUGGCUGUUUUUUUUUUUUUUUUUUUCUUCACCCACAGUCAUGUGAUUGUAACGUAAAACCCCCUAACCGGAAAACAGCGACGGACGACCCUCUCCGCCGCCGCCAACAACGAACGCAGCGCUAGCUAGCAGCAGCAGCAGUGCGAGCCGCCGCGAGCCCAGAGAGAGGACGGACGAGGACGAGUCUCCCCCCGCGCCCUCUCCCCCCCUCCUCCGGUAACAAACAAACAACGGCGCGACACGGCAAACUCCACGCACCUCACCGGAGUCGCAGGUUGAAGAAUGGAGUUGGCCAACCAUGGUCUUAUCCUGCUGCAGCAGCUUAACGCUCAGAGGGAGUUUGGCUUCCUGUGCGACUGCACCGUGGCUAUAGGAGAUGUCUUCUUCAAAGCCCACAAAGCCGUCCUCGCUGCCUUCUCCAACUACUUCCGGAUGCUCUUCAUUCACCAGGACAGUGAUUGUGUGCGACUGAAGGCCGCUGACAUACAGCCGGAUAUCUUCAGCUACCUCCUCAACCUGAUGUACACAGGCAAGCUCGCCCCCCAGUUGAUAGACCCUGCACGCCUGGAGCAGGGGGUCAGGUUCCUGCACGCCUACCCACUCUUGCAGGAGGCCAGCCAGUCUGUGUAUUCCCACGCCGAGCAGCCCAGCAUCAACCUUUCCACCUCCCUCUACGGCAUCCAGAUCUCUGACCAACAGGUAGGGCUGUCGGCUAGAUUGACCUCUCAACGGCAGCUCUCUUCCCCUUUUGACACGGAGCAGCUGAGCUCCGAGGGGAAGUAUCUAUCCACGCCGGCUGCAGCGGCUUCCUACGACAACUCCUUACUGUCCAAGGUAGCGUCGUCGCCGCCGGACAUGGAGGCCUCGACCAGCGGCACCAAGCCCGCAGGUGAGGAGGGGGCGAUGGACUUGCUGAGCGCGGAUGCUUCCUCGGCCACUGCCAUCCUCCACGUGAAGCCCAGCAUCAUGAAGAGGAACUCCUCCUUCCGGAAGCACUACUCCUGUCAUCUGUGCAGGAGUCGUUUCACCCAGAGGAGCCUGCUGAGGGAGCAUCUCCUGCAGCACACCCAUUCUCUACAGCAGGCGGCCGCUGAGCCCAGCAGCGCUCUCUCACCCGUCCUGAGCGUAGAACAAAGCAUGCUAGAGUUGGAGGGCGUCCUGAAGGGAAGCAAGGCAGUGUUAGGGGCCUUGGCCGCCGCCACAGCCGUAGAGAUAAUCAGUGACAGCGAGCAGACGCCGGUUUCGGGAACCAACUCGGACUCUCCGCGCGCUGAGGUGACCACUUCCAGCUGGGGGGUGGGAGGCGUGAAUUCCCAGGCGGAUACGCCGCCUCCGUCGGACAUUGCGGACAUCGACAACCUGGAGAGUGCCGACCUCGACCGCGAGGUGAAGCGGAGGAAGUACGAGUGCUCCACCUGCGGGCGCAAGUUCAUUCAGAAGAGCCACUGGCGCGAGCACAUGUACAUCCACACGGGCAAGCCGUUCAAGUGCAGCGCUUGCGGCAAGAGCUUCUGCCGGGCCAACCAGGCCGCCCGCCACGUGUGCCUGAACCAGGGCGCCGACACCUACACUAUGGUGGACCGUCAGAGCAUGGAGCUGUGCGCCGCGGGGGACGACAGCAGCCAGAUGGAGGCGAUGUUCCUGGGGUCGUCGAAGCCUUACAAAUGCAACAUUUGUGCGACCACCUUCUCCAGUCCCAACGAGGUGAUCAAACAUUUGUGCUUCACUCAAGGGGGGUUGGUGGCGCUGCAGGGAAACGCGGGCGCCGAGAUGCUGCUCCAGCGCGAAGAGUUCUCCAAAGAUGACGGCUCCGAUUUGUCCAACUCCGGCACCCCGCUGGAACCAUUAAAGACUGAGGAGAUCCUCGUAGAGUAGUGCCAAAACUUUCUUAUGUGUCCUUUUUAACAUGUGUGUUUACUUCCUAAAUUAUGGUUAAUAGGUAAGCUACAGGUUAAGUUAGUCAGGGUAUGUGUUUGAGCCCCUCGAUCUACUAAAACAGUUUUAUUUUCAUUAGUUUAAUGGGGGUUGGGGUUACAGUACUUUGGACACUCAUGGUUCCGAGCCUGACUAAAAGUGAAUUAAAUAGUGGGGCAAUUCCCUGAUAGCUCACUGGAGUUCAAUCCAACAUGAUUAUGAAAGCAAGUAACUUUUUAAAAUUUGACCUUAAGACUGAGUUACCAAUAAGGGACAUGAAGGUUUGUCAUUUUAUGGCGGUGUACAUUGGUAUUAGAUGCACACAUGUCAGUCUGCACCACGUUGUUGUUUUUUUUCUUCUUUCACUUAACAGCUAAAGUUGUGGUAAGGCUGCACACGCAUACUUGGAGUAUAAGAGGAAGAGGAAGCUGAGACUGUUCCGGAGGUCACACAUGUUGUGAGAUGAGUGCUGUGAUAGGUUUGAGGGGGAGAAAGCGCUGCACAGAUGUCUCGUUUCUUCAUGGUCGCGAAUGAGGGGCUCAUUCUGCAGACCCGGUAUCAAGUAUGAUUCCAGCUAAAUCACACGACCUAUUCAGACCUGAGACAAUCUGUGCCCCCUUUUCACUAUAUGCCCGAUCUGCAGGAAAUUACAAAUGUCUUCCGUUCAUGUUUUGGUUUUUUUAUGCUCAUUAGAAUGAAUAACUUGACAUGUAAAGUAACAACCAUUAUUUGCAUCCUUCUCAGACCGUUUAGUUGUUGGUUGUUUAUUUGUUGACUGUGCUACGCGUGGUUAUGGUUCAUGUGUCCUUACACCCGAUUAAAGCACAGUUGCUCUUUAAAAUUGAGUUGGGCCACUAAAUAAAUUGGUCACAACAAGCAAGAGUGUUUCUUGAAUUUAAAGUUGAGCCCUUUGAUUCAAUUUAACUUUUUCAUUUUUACUUAAGUUGUACAACUCUUUGUUGCUGAUUGGAGCAACGUGUUUCCUCAGACACACAAUUGAUUGGAGGCUGUUGUGUACAAUGUUGUACAUCUUUAUAUAAUUUGCUUCAAUCUACUUUUACAAGCCCGUACUCUUUGUUUGACAUGCUUUUCUAGUUUUAAAUACAACAAUAUAUUUUCAAAGAUUACUUUAUAUUGCAAAGAUAUGUAUAUUGGUAGACAAAUAGCUUUAAAACUAGGAUUACAUUUGGUUUUGUAAAUUUGUAUGUAUAAGAAAUGAACAUGAUCAUUUCUUAAAGAAAUAGGUGAGAAUAAAGUUUAGAUUUGAAGUCUCUUCCCCUUCCCAAAUUAGUUCUUAUGCUAACCUCCAUUAAAGGGAAACAUUUCUGCGUAUGGUUGAGACCUUCUGACAUUGAUGUUUGUUCUCUAACCAAUCACAAAAGGAAGUAGUAGUUGCACCAGUAGGUCCUUUUCUAGAAACCGUUGUGGAAAACGUGUAGAAGCUUCUAUGGUGCAGAUGUGCUGACACAAUAAUGCUCCACCUGUCAGUGUGGAGGUCAUAUGAACUCAGGCAGCGAUGGCGGUGUGACGCAGGGACAGCUAGCUUUAAUAAGAAAAGACCUAUGGGGGACGUCUCCAUGUACUCGACUGUCUGGACACGUGGUUAUGUGAAUAUAAAAGAUGCCAUUAAUUGUAACUUGGAAGGACUUCCCUUGUUUGGGAUCACAGAAACUUUUUAUAAGAACUACUGAUGACUGGAAAUUGUGAAGAAGUCUUUACAUACAUGUUGAGUUAAUGUGAAGCAGAUGUAUUAUUUUUCAUGCUGAAACGUCAACUGUAACAGAAGCAUAAAGCAGGUUGUUCAGGAAAAUAAUUCUUAAUUAAACGCCUCUGAAUCUGAGUUGGGCAGGUUUUGAAGUAUCUUCAGUUAAAUUGUUUUUUUGUUUUGUUUUUUUACUUUACGGCCUGAUUAUUCAUAUGAACUAUAUUUUAGGGAGGUGUGUCUUAAUACUGUCUUAAUAUUGUUAUUGUCCCUUCCAGUGGAAAAUAAAUUCUGCAUUGUAAUGUUAUUGCAA